GGAGUGUCCCGAGCGGGUCCCGGUGGGUGGCGAUCGGCUGUCAUGAUCUCUACAGCUCCGCUCUACAGCGGGGUGCACAACUGGACUGGCACUGACCGCAUUCGCAUGUGCGGCAUCAACGAAGAGAGGAGAGCACCUCUUUCUGAUGAGGAUUCCAAGACGGGCGGCUGUCAGCGAGUGGGGUCCCAGGAGUUUUGUGUCAGCAGCAGCCUUUCCAAGGUGGAGCUCCCGGCAGUUGGUGGUGGCAGCGGUGCCCGAGGGGCAGGUGCAGAUGGCAGCACAAAGGAGAAACCUGGGCUCAAGUCAGAGGAGAAGCCAUCGGACGGCCAACAAAAAAUGGACCACAUGGGAAACGUGGCCAAAGUUGACGGCGUCUCGGCCGCCCCGAUCGGCCCGGAAGACAGUAGAGGGCUGAAGCCUUCGGCCCCGGACGUUCCAGAGCAGGACCGCGGCAGUAGGACCGACGGCACCCCGGCUCCGGAGGCGCCCCAAGUUGACCGGCAGGCGGACCGCUCUCUCGCCCGGGUCGAGGCGUCGGUUAGCGAGCCCUCCGGGCCAGAGGAUUUGGAUUUGGGCCCACAAGGAGCAGGGGUCCCUGUGGACGGGGCGCUGCCCGGAACUCCCCCUGGCUCGAUCCCCCCUCCCGCCCCCUCCCCAGCUCUCGCUCCCACCCCGGCCCCUGCGCCCGCCCUCGCUCCCACCCCCGCCCCCUCUCCCGCUCCCACCCCCACCCCGAUCCCCGCCCCCUUCGGCUUGAAUCGCGUGUGUUUCCCCACAGCUCAGGUCCCCGCUAUGCAAAAAGCGCCCCUGCCCUUCCAGCCUGGGGCGGGCCUCACGCCGAGCCAGCCGCUGGUCUACAUCCCACCGCCCAGCUGCGGGCAGCCCCUGAGCGUGGCGACGCUGCCCGCCACACUGGGUGUCUCGUCCACCCUCACGCUGCCCAUGCUACCCUCGUACCUGCAGGAAAGGUGUCUCCCAAGUGUUCUUGCUUCCCCGGAGCUCCGCUCUUACCCUUAUACUUUCUCGGUGACCAGGCCGCUGGGUUCUGAUUCCAAGCUGGUCUCCGUGGAGGUGAAUCAGCUCUCCCGGGCCCCGCCGUCCAGCGGGCCCACCUGCCAGCCUCCCGCCGAGAGCGGCCCGGCCCCACCGGCCGACGGCGCGUCCCCCUCGCCUUCGGCCAAGCCCCUUUUGCCCCCGCAGCCGUCCCUGCCUGGCCCAGGUGGGGGCGCCGUCCAGUCGCACCCGACCAAGGCCCCGGGCAGCUCGGAGCAGCAUGGGGAGAGGGGCUCGGUGACGUUCUCCCCUCUCAAGUCACCCCCGCAACUAGAGCGGGAAAUGGUGUCCCCCCCCGAGUGCAAUGAGAUGCCCCUGGACCUCUCCUCUAAAUCCAAUCGCCAGAAGCUCCCGCCCCCAAACCAGCGCAAGACCCCACCCAUGCCCGUGUUGACUCCCGUGCACACCAGCGGCAAAGCACUUCUCACCACGGUCUUAUCCAAAUCCCAGCGCGCCGCCCAGGGGGCCGCUAGCAGCGUCACGUCGUGCCUGGGCCCCACGCCCCCCUAUGUCAUCUUCCCGGAGUUCCUGAGGAACGGCGACCCGAGUUCUUGGGUGAAAAACUCCACCGCUCUGAUCAGUACAAUCCCAGGCACCUACGUUGGGGUGGCCAACCCGGUGCCCGCUUCCGUCCUGCUGAACAAGGACCCGAGCACGGGCCUGAGCCGAGAUGCGCCGCACCUGCCCCGGCAGGAGCCCAUUUCCGUCAUCGAUCAGGGAGACCCCAAGGGCACCAGCCCUCCCUGUGGGAAGAAGGCCGGCCAGCCCGGCCCCGAGGGCCAGCAGGGCACGGCCAAGCGCUACCUGCAGGCCCGGAUCGCCCCGGGGGCCCCGCUGUGCCCGGCCAAGGAAGUCUCGGGAUGGAAUCCUCCCGGUCAAGGGAGCUUCUAUUCCCGGUGCCCGGUCAACGGGAAGCCCUCCGGCGCCCAGGCUUUGCCAGUGGGUUGGUCUCCGUAUCACCAGGCCUCCCUGUUCUCCAUCGGCAUCUCCGGCCCGGGGCAGCUCCCCUCGAAUCAGGGAGGGCCCCCCAAACCGUUGGGCGCCGCGGGAGAUUUCCCCAGCGUGCCCCCGGCCGGUGCCAGCGAGACGGCCCGCAGGAUCCCCGAGGGGCAGCUGAGGCCCAGUGGCUCAUUUCCCCUAGAGCAGGAUGCGGUCGCCAGGGGCAGGACCUGCAAGGCCAUGGGAAAGGCCUACGAAGAGCCGGUCAACGCCGUCUUGGGCCCAGGCCCCCCAACGGGCAGCCCCGCCCUGCCCCUUCCACCCAGUGGCGGUGGCGAGCUGAGAGGCCCGAAGGGGAAGGUGGAGAGCCCUUGCGGGAUGCAGGAGCGGGAGCAGCCGGCGGCGGGCAAUCCUUGCCAAGAGGGGGCCGCCCGGAACGCCCAAGGGGGCUGCGGCUCGAAGUUGGCCGUAGACGCCAAGCCCCAAAACAAAGUGCUGGCAUCCUACCUGGCUGCCCCGCAGGGCCUCCACAAACUGCCCGAGUUGCCUUUGCUACCUCCGGACGGCUCCCCGAAGGAACGGCUUUUGGAUGUGCCCCGCGAGCAGCAGAGCGGCAAGAAGAGGGCUGCCGGUCCGCUCCCUCCCCAGUGUGGGAACGAGGUAGACCUGGGCCGCGUGAAAAAGGAGAAGGUGGACGGGGACGCGGUGUUUGCCCCGACGGCCUGCCUCCGGGCCGAACGGUUCUCGGCCGCCCCCCAGAGAGGGCACGCCGAGGGCAGGGCCAAGAGCCAGGCCCGGAUCAAACAGGAGCCCGGUUUCCAGUGCAAAGGCAAGUGGCAGGCGGAGGAACUGAUCCAGCCUCCCCUGAAGAAAAUGAAAUGCAGCCGAGCCAGGGACGGAGACGACUCCCCCAACGGGUCAGGACACGGUCUUCACAGUCGCAAGUGGCGAAAGCAUCAUGGCGAACCGCGUGAAUCCAGCAAGAAAUCCAGCCGGGCGGGGAUAGUUACAGGGAAAGAACACAAUGGCGUGAGGGUCAAACACAAGCGGAAGAAACUGAUAAAGACAGAGCCUCCGUCCCCUGGCCGCCGAGACAGCCACGAAGAAGGCUUCCUUGAGAAGAAAGCCAAAAACAAUUUCCGUGACUUUAUCCCAGUGGUGCUGAGCAGUCGGACACGCAGUCAAUCCGGAAGCAUCUGUAGCCCCUUUGCGAGCAUGACAGAGCAUGACAUGGCCAGCCAAGAGCUCUUCCCCAUGCUAGAGGAGCGAGAGGAAGAGGCCUCGAAGCGUCAGAAGCUCCGGAAGGCCCACCGAGCCUCCAGAUACCGGGGCCGCCGCCCCAGAGACCGGUCCUCGACAGGAAGGGACGGUCACCACCUGCGGAGAAGCCGGCCGCUGCCCUGGAGAGCGGAGGCCGCUCGGCAGCUGUGGGACCCCAACGAGGAGGAAGAAGAGGAGGAAGGGCACGUCAAGAGAAAGAAGAGGAGGCGGCAAAAAAACCGGAAAUACCAGACCGGGGAGUACUUGACCGAAAGAGAGGAGGAAGAGCACGUUUCUUUCUGCCAGAGCCGACGGAAAAUUCGAGGAGAUUUCAAGUUUCGGAAGCAGAAGGGCAUCCUGGAUUCUGAGCUACACCCGAAGAGCAGACAUUCUUCAUCCUCCCGCAAGCCCCAGGAGAUCCCAGACUUCCCUAAUGGUUUCCUCGCUAAUCAUCCCGAAAAUUCAUCUUGCCACGAAGCUCUGGAAAAGCCAUCAGGAAAACGCAAGUGUAAAACCAAGCACCUGGCAGGAGUCUCUGAGGAGGAAAAGAUGAAAGGGCAGUGGAAUCAACUAAAGACACAUUCGCCCAAAUCCCCAUCUCCGGUGAAGCCAACAGACCGGUGGUCUCCGUACAAGUCCCGGUGGGUGGGGGCCGAGAACUCCGCCGACUCCCCAGGCGCUCUCCACGUCCCUCCGGAAGCCCGUCGGCUGAUUGUGAAUAAGAACGCUGGGGAGACUCUCUUGCAGCGGGCAGCCCGGCUUGGCUACAAGGACGUGGUGCUGUAUUGCCUGCAGAAAGAGAGCCGGGACGUAAAUCAUCGGGACAAUGCCGGCUACACAGCCCUGCAUGAGGCGUGUGCCCGGGGCUGGACGGACAUCUUAAACAUCCUUCUGGAGCACGGCGCCAACGUGAACUGCAGCGCCCAGGAUGGCACCAGGCCGGUCCAUGACGCGGUGGUUAAUGACAACCUGGAGACCAUCUGGCUCUUGCUGUCCUACGGUGCCGAUCCCACGCUGGCCACCUACUCAGGGCAGACGGCCAUGAAGCUGGCCAGCAGCGAGGUGAUGAAACGCUUCCUCAGUGAUCAUCUCUCUGACCUCCAGGGCCGGGCUGAGGGUGAUCCCCACGUGGCCUGGGACUUCUACAGCAGUUCCACACUGGAGGGGAAGGAUGGAAUCGGGUGCAACCUUCUUCUCAAUCCUCCGGGAAGCUCCGAUCAAGAGGAUGAACAGGAUUCAGACAACUUCAUGUUCGAAUUCUCAGACAAGCCACUGCUCCCGUGUUAUAAUCUUCAGGUGUCAGUGUCUCGUGGGCCCUGCAACUGGUUCCUGUUCUCCGACAUCCUGAAGAGGCUGAAGCUUUCCUCGCGGAUAUUUCAGGCUCGUUUCCCGCACUUUGAAGUGGCCACCUUGCCCAAGACGGAGUUCCACCGCCAGGUGUCCUCCAGCCAGCUGCUGCCGGCGCCGCCCCAGGCCGGGGGGCCCCCGGAGGGCCUGGAGCCCGGCCCUCUGGGCAGCGCGGACAGUGUGGAGCUGGUGAGGUCCGAACCAGAGCUGCUUCAGCUGCUGGGCUCAGAGGUUGAAUUUCAGGCCUGGAGCAGCUGACGGGAAGAGAACCCUCCAGGGCAGCAGACUGCAAUAUGAGGCAAUAAUACGGACCAACGAGAAGCAGCCUUAUCAGUGCCAGCUUUAGCGGCUGGGGGCUGGCCCGUCUCUGAAGCCGCGAGGAGGGUCGGAGGGGAUGGCGAGUGGCGGGCGGGCCGGGGGCUCCGCCUCG